AUGGGUAAUGACAAGAGAUCGCGUCCAAAGACGUGGCGCGAACGGUACAAACAACAUGCUUGGAAGAAAAAUAAAUGUAAUCGACCUGAUAGGGUCAAGUGUUUGGAUUUGUACAAUGGUAAACCCAAUAUUAACGUUUCACUAAUCACAAGUUUCUUAAAGGCAAUUGGGGAUAAACCUUGGUAUGAAUCACUUCAGCAUAUGGCAUCCUCCAUAACUAACGCUGGUAAUGACAAAAAUAUUGACCAUGAAAAAAUGUUAGUUAGUGGUACCGAAAUAUUGCGCAAAUACGGCAAAUCUUACUCAAUUAAUGUAUCGCAAGUUGAUUCCGAUGAAAGGUGGUUGCAUAAGUCGGCUAUGGGUGGUGAAGGAGUUACCAAGGGAGAUAGAUUGAAUUCCCUGGCGUUACUAUUGGAACAAAAUCCAAUUUUGAAUUUCUUUUGUAUAAAAAAAUUGUUGGAUAUUGCCCAAUCAAAUGUGAAUCGCGAUAGGAUAACCGCAUUAAAUGCAUUACAUACGUUAUUUGUACAACGAUUAUUACCAAAUAGAAAAUUGUUGUUUCUAUCACAAUACCCUCACAUACUAUCAUACAUUCACAACAAUUCAUUUGAAAUCACUGAUACUAGUGAAGUUACACCAAUUGCUACGCAGUUACUGUUACUGAUUACAUUCGAACAUCAUUUAAAACUUGCAUUUGCAGUGUUUGUGGAUAUUCUUGGCCGUGGCAUAAGUGAUCAUUUAUUUGUCAUUCAAAAGACUUGUAUUGACAUUGCAACUGAUUUGUUAACUCAACAUCCUGAACAGGAAUAUGCACUGUUGCAAAUGCUCACUAGAAAUAUACAUAAUUCUGACAUGAAGAUUUCGUCCAGAGUUUCAUGGAAUCUUAGGCAGGUAACCAAAGUCCACAAGGGCUUUAAGAAGUUCAUAAUUGAACUAAUUGGGAAUACACUGAACCAUAUUUUGCAUCAAAUGAAUGCCAACCUUAAAUCGGCUACUAGAUGGAGAUCCAGCAAAUAUAAGAAUAGACGCGAAAAAAAUAAGGGUUUGUCUCAUAAGGUACAAGAAAACCUCAUUUCUAUAACAAAAUUGUUAAACUUUCUUUCGGAAAUACAGAAUAGGGAUGACCAUGAAACAUUAGAAUCACUAUUAAAAGUUUAUACUUCGUUCAUUGCUGUUUUUUCCUCGGGAAAAGCAAAAACAAUUUAUGUGAAAGAGGAGGCAUCAAGAGUUAUUCGAGCCAUGGCCAUUGGAUUAGACAAAUGUUUAGACCAUUCCAGCAAUAAUUUGGCCAAAAGUGAUAUUAAAAAGAGCAUAGAGUGUUACAUGGAUACUCUAUAUAAGAUUACACAUACGAAUAAAUCAAAGGCAACUGUCAUUACUCUGUUGGGAUUGAUCUACCGAUGUACCAUAGUGUUUGAUUUGGCCAAGAAUCGAUUCUACCGUCUUAUCUACGACAAACUACAGGAAAUUGACAUAUUUGACACUUCAAAUGAGAAAAGAUUAUAUAAUAUUGUGCACCAAAUGUUAUCCCAGGAUGAUAAUAUAUCACGAAUUUCUGCAUUUCUCAAACGGAUACUUCAAUCCUCCAUGCACGAGUCAAACUCAUCCAAAUCACUUGCGUGUCUUAUCAUUGUCCAAAAUAUAAUACGCAAUAAUAAAAAAUUGAAAAUUUUAUUUAAACCAGGCUUGGAUGAUACUUUUGAUGCGGGAAAGCGUGCUCCCGAGUUUUCAAAUGCGGAAAGUAGUUAUUUAUGGGAGAGGCACUUGCUCAAUUCAUCUUAUGAUCCUGCAAUUGCGGCCAAUUCGCGAAAGAUUGAUGGGAAAGUUCGCAAAACUAAGUUUUUCGAUUUUCAGAAGUUGGUUGAGGAAGUGGAACCACAUGAUACCUUUAGGAAGCUAGAAAGUCUAGUGAACUCCAAUUGCAACAUGCAAUAUAACAAAAUACACUUGCAAGUUUAUCGCAAAUUCUUUGAGUUGCAACCAAAAAGGGAUAAAAGUGAUGCAUAUGUCAAUGAUGACAUUGAUGAUGAAAUCUUCUCAAGUUCAGAAUCGGGAUCGGAUUACCAAGACACACUUGAUGCAAUUAACUUUGAUCAAUUCAAGAGUCAGUUGGUUGAACACUCGAUACCCAAAGAACUAGAGAAGAUUUUGAAGAAUAGAAGUUUCAUUAAUGCAGAUGAACUGAGCAAGUAUCUAUGA